UUUAGCUCCAGAUGAUGAGAAUUUUCCUAAUAAAAAUAAAUUUAAUAAAAUGCCAACAGAAAUUGAUGUUUUAGAAGAUAUGAUUGAGGAACAACAAAGCCGUGCGGAUAUGUUGAAUGUAGGAGACGGUAAUGAUUAUCAAGACUAUCAUCAAAGAAGGGAACUCAUUGGAAGUACAUCUGAAACUUUAGAAAGAAAUACGGCUCUGAUACAGGACAAUAUCAGACAAUCGAAUGAAUUGGGAAAAGUGUGGAAAGAAAAUAUUACAAGUUUGAUAGAGAAAAUUGGAACUAAUUUUGGUAGAUAUAUGAAUCAUUUGCAGUGUGCUGGCGAUGUUACUUUGAUCUCUCCUGCUGAUCCGGAUGACUAUAAAGAAUAUGGUGUAAGUAUUAAGGUUCGAUUUCGAGGCGCCGAAGUAAUGCAAGAACUAAAUCGGUAUACUCAAUCUGGAGGAGAACGGGCUGUUGCCACAGCCAUUUAUUUAUUAUCACUUCAGGAAUUAACGACCGUUCCAUUUCGAUGUGUAGAUGAAAUUAAUCAAGGAAUGGAUCCCAUAAAUGAAAGAAGAGUCUUUGAAUUACUCACAAAAGUAACUAACAAACAAAAUGUUGCACAGUACUUUUUACUCACCCCAAAGCUUCUUCCAGGACUGCCUUAUACUCCAAACAUUGCAGUUCAUUGCAUUUAUAGUGGGGCUAUGAGAAUUGAAAACAAGAGAAUUUGUAGAAAUAUUACUGAUUAA